AUGCGAGCCUGCUUUAACUGCGCCAAGUCCAAGCUGCGGUGCGACUGGCCGGACGACACCGAGGCAGCGGCAACCGUUACAAACAAACCCGUCUGCAUCCGAUGUUCCCGGUUGAAUCUCCGAUGCUGGGUGACUGAACCGGCCAAGCGUGGGCCGCGCCCGGGCUCCCGAAGGAUAACCAAAGUGGACCGAGUUAGCCAGCUCGAACAAAAGCUCGAGAGCCUGGUGUCGCUCCUCGCCACCAAUGGCGUCGGACUGCCCGGUUCUCUCUCUGUUGCUUCGGCCGAAACUCCACCCGAGGCCCCGGUUCCGGCUGCCCACCUGGCUCCGGAUUCCGGUCCUGCUCCCGGCCCCGCUCCGUCUGCCGGAGAUACUAGCCCAAAAGGGGCUCCGAUGAUACUCUUCCGUGGUAUCGACCCCGACCCUCACCAUCACUCGGUACGGCGCUCCCCGUCACCAUGUGAAUUGCCGUCACCCCAGGAACUACCAACUUUCACAGACCACGUCCUCAGCCACGAGGCUGCCGAACACAUUCUUCAAGAAUACCGUCAGAAAUUCGUCCCGAAGUUUCCUUUCGUGCCCCUCCCUGCAUCAUGGCUCUCGCAUCAACUCUCACCGCACCAACAGUUCCUCUUUUCCACCAUUGCCUACGCCGUGGCACCCCCACCUCACCUGGACCGAUCGGCCUUCCACCGGUGGUUCCGUCAAUAUCUAGGCCAGGAGAUGGUGCAAAAAGAGCAACAGUCUCUAGAACUGCUCCAAGCAAUUUUAGUCUUCGCUGCCUGGUAA